AUGGCACAGGCACAACCUGCGGAGAAAAUGCAAGAGACGCCAGAAAAGGACAUGAAAGAAACAAACAGUGCCCGUUACAAAUUAAAUGCCCAGGCAGCUGAAUUUGUCCCAAGAUCACAUACCCAGAUGCCCAUCUCGGAUUAUGUCUAUCCAGCUGCAUGCUUCCACUUUCUUGGUGGGUCUGAUAAUUGCUUCUAUGUUGGGGACCAAGAGCCUUCAUAUUUGAUCUCCAACCCCAAUGUCGUGAUGCCCGUUCGCUCCAAAAGCACCCCCGCCGAUGAUCUUCAGCAAAAAAUCAUCAAACAGGUGGAAUAUCAGUUCAGCGACAUGAGUCUGCUUGCAAAUGAUUCUUUUAUGAGACACGUAAAUAGAGAUCCAGAAGGUUAUGUUCCAAUACCUGUUAUUGCUUCCACAAAGAAGAUAAAGUCCCUUGCUAAUAUUAAUAACACUAUACUAACCCAAGCACUGCGGUCCUCUUCAAGGCUUGUUGUAAGUGCUGACGGCAAGAAGGUUAGACGUAAAGACCCUUUCACUGAGAAAGACAAAGAGGAUUUGCAGUCUCGUACAGUUGUUGCAGAGAAUUUGCCUGAAGAUCACUCUCAUCAAAACCUUGAGAAAAUAUUUGGUGUGGUUGGAAGCGUGAAAGCAGUUCGAAUAUGCUAUCCCCAGGAAUCCCAGUUCUCUUCUCGCUCCAAACCCGAUUUUUUCAGUAACAAGCUGCAUGCACUCGUGGAAUAUGAGACUGCGGAGAGAGCUGACAAAGCGGUUGAGAAAUUGAAUGAUGAAAGGAACUGGAGAAAAGGGCUUCGAGUAAGGUCGAUGCUUAGACUCUCGCCAAGAUCUGUUCUAAAGAACAGAAAGUCAGAAUUGGAUGGCAUUUUAGAGGAGGCUGAUCAUCAGUACUCACCAACUCAUGAAUCCAUUAAUGAUGAUUCCUGCCAGCCAAACAACACAGAAUCAGUUGUCGAGGGCAAUGGUGAGGAAAAUUCAAAGAAAGGAUGGGGUCGAGGACGUGGGAAAAGCAGAUCAGGGCGUGGUCAAAGCCACUGUGGGGGGCGUGGCGGACUGCUGCUGCCCUCAUCUCCACGAGGUAUUAUUCAUCACUGCAGCGAAGCAUCAUCAUCUCCCAAACACCCUUCCAAGGGCCCAAGAAUGCCGGAUGGCACAAGGGGUUUCACCAUGGGACGAGGCCACCCAGCUCUACCACCUCCUCCUCCUUCACCUUAA